AUGACUUCAAAAACACCUUCUGAAGAAAAAAGUUCAGAAAGUGAAGGCUCCCCGCAGGCAAGCGGACAACUUAAUACUACAAGAACCUUCUUUAAUAGCAGUAGCGAACUAUCAUCACGAUCAAAUUCGAGCACGCCAAGACGUACCCGUCAAACAACAAGCUCGUCGGGCUUUGGAAGUCUCAGCCAUUUGCCCCCACUUCAUUAUAAGAAGAGUGCGGAUUUGAUGUCGCAAAGUUUAUGCGUUCAGUCGAGUAAGGAAAGCCAGAUCGGAUAUAGGAGGUCGCUAUCAAAGUCAAGAAACUUCUUCGACGAUCCUUUGGAAACCUGGACGCCUUCAUCGCCGAGUUUGAUGACUUUGCGAGAUUUCAUGGCAACUAAUGAUACAAAUGUCAUCGAUGACGAUGAUAUGGACUAUGAAUUCGAUAACGACGACGAUGAUGUUAAAUCAGUUGUUUCCUCAGCAUCUACAAGUCGAUUAUUCUCAAUGGAUCGAAAGUUCAACCAUAAAAAACAAUCCCUUCGAAUGUUUUUGAAUUCUCCAGCUCUUUUUUCGGCAAUAGUUAUUCUUUGGGCCUGCAUUGUCUGCUCACCUGUCGAUACCGAUGACCAUACCAUAUUCUUCAUUGUCCAUGCACGUUUGCUCACAUUGACGACGAACGCUGGCGUAACGCUCGCCGAAUUUAGUGACCCCGCCUAUUGCGCGGCUAGUUGCUGA